CGCAGACAGCAUUGUUGCGUUCUGCUAUCCGGGCAGUCGCUUUUCAAUGUUGUUAUUACCACUCGAAGUGUUUUAACCGACUGUUAUCUGCAACAUGCGAGGCUUUGUUACUUCCUGAUGUGUUAACGUGCAUCGACAUAGAUAAGCUUUAAUAAAAUGGCGCGUUAUGGAGCUCCCGAUCCAUGCGCCUUGCUUCAGGAACUCCUGAAGGCUGCCACAGGGGAACUGUUGACGCGUACGCUCAUGUCGAUUGACGGUGCGAAGGACUUGGUCAUUGAACAGGACCUCAUAUUUCCACUGGAUCACAUUGCCAGUGCUGGAGUGUUAAAGAGAACUUGCGGUGUGGAAAAAAUAUACAAGUUGGAAACAACUGCACCACCUACGGGCAACAAACAAUGUGCGUAUCUUGUGAGGUCAACGAUUGCAAACAUGAAAGUGAUAGCCAACCACGUCACAUACCACAAGCAGAACAAGAAGGAAUGCAAGUAUUACAUCAUCUGUAUCCCCAGAAAGACCCAUGUCUGCGAGCAGACACUAGAAAGCGAAGGGGUUUUUGGCUAUGUGAAGCUUCUGGAGUAUCCGCUGGGCCUCAUUCCAUUGGACACUGAUCUUUUCUCACUGGAACUUCCUGGUUUCUUCAGCACUUUUUUCAUUGAUGGUGACUGUGCAUGGACAAGCUGUAUAGCGCAAUCCAUUCUUCAGCUGGAAAGCUUAUGUGGUCCUGUCGACCACAUUUAUGCUCAGGGAAACUGUGCUGAGGGUGUGCUAAAAGUUAUGAAGCUGUUCCCCACUGACUUUUCCAAACCCAAGGAACCUUCGUUGCCACGAAUCAGUCAUUUGUUUCUGUUUGACAGAGACAUUGACUAUGCUAGUGUUCUUCUCACUCAACUCACUUAUUCUGGUCUUCUAGACGAGUACUUUGGAAUUAAGAGUGGUAAAGUGACUUUUGACAAGAAAGUGACGGGGAAGGACCAGGAAAUGCGGCUUACCGUCAACAGCACAGACCUGGUCUACAAGGAGAUCAGAGACGCACACUUUGGCAGUGUCUUCGUGCUGCUUAAGGAAAAAGCUCAACAGCUACAAUCAAAGUACAAUGAGAGGCAUGGAAUGAGCAUCGGAGACAUGAAGAACUUUGUCGCCAAUGAACUCAAGUCCUUGCAACAACAGCACAGCUCAUUGGCCGUGUACAUUGGGUCAUGUGAAGUUAUCAAAAACUCCCGCACCAAUUUUGAAGGGCAGCUGAGAACAGAACACAGUUUGCUGGAAGGCUUAGAAGUGAGGGAAGGGAUGAACUUCAUAGAGGAGUGCAUCAACCGGCAGCAAUCUGCAAUAGGCACCUUGCGCCUGCUUUGCCUGCUGUCGCUCACUCAAGAUGGCAUUCCAUCCCAGGAGUACAAGACCCUCACGCAGCAGUUUCUGCAAAGCCACGGCCAUCACCAUAUGUGGACAUUCCAUCUUCUAAAGAAGCUUGGCCUGUGCCAGGACCAGGGAGCAAGCCGAAUAGGCGGGGCCGCCGCUUCGGCUAUGGCUCCGACCCUUGCCAGCAAGGUGGCUGCUGCCAUGGCGUCUCUUCCAAGGGCAACACGCUUCAGUGCCGUCACCAAAAGGCUGAGCCUGAUUCCACCCAAUGCUGGCGAUAGCUAUGACCUCAAGAAUCCUCGAGACAUGGGCUAUGUGUUCAGUGGUGCCUACAUCCCAGUGGCGUGCAGACUGGUUGAGCAGAUUCUUUUGAAAGAUGGAAUUCACGGCUAUGAAGAUGCUCUGAAGCUUCUACCUGGCUCGACCACAACAUACACCAAUCCACAUUCUAAAGAUCCUUCGCAGGCUAAGAUUGUCAUGGUGUAUUUCCUGGGAGGUGUGACAUUUGCAGAAAUUGCUGCACUCCGGCUUUUAGCAAAACUGAAAGGUUACCACAUACUGGUCGCAACAACUGCCACCAUCAACGGCAACAGCCUACUCGAAAAUGUCAUCAUGAAGGGGCGAUAAUGAUGGAUGAAAAAGGAGGAGCCGACAUCAUUGUGGUCCAAAUACAGCUCUGCACACCAGUACCACUGCGCUGUUCCCUAGCUUUUUGAACUGAGGAGGCUGGCCAUCUUGCCAUAUGUAAGGCAUCCAAUGUGUGGUUAGAUCAGCUCUGCAGCACCUCUUGUGGGUUUAGCCAUUUCUUUGCUGUCUUCUGCUGUUGUACUUCUCUCGUUAUUGUGAAUGUGCUCGUUCAUACCUGCCGCAUCACGUGCAGCACCAACAGUACAUUGCCCGUUGUGAAAGGUUUGGGAUUCAUUGGUUUCAUAACGGUCAAAACUUGUGAAUUCGUUUAGCAUUAUUGCAGGAAAGAUGCGCCAGACAACAUGGACACAAGGAAGAGUAAUGAACGACUAGUGUUAUUACCCACUAAAGAAUAGCACGAAAGGAAAUACUGCCUCGAUAAGAAAGUUCUGCAGUCCUUCAAUAGAUCAGUUGUAAGUAGCGCAUCUUGUGUGCUGUACUCUUUGUCGUGUUCUUGUUGUUUGUUGCUUGAUUUCUGCAAUCAGUUUUAUUUCCUGUUUGGCCAAUCAACUCGGGGAAUGUGCUCCACUUCUCUGUCCUGACAAAAUCGUCUGCUUUGGCUUUCACGUGUGGUGAUGAAAGCGUAUGGCGUGUUGCGGUGCCUCGUGCAGAAUGAGACAUUGUGAAAGAGUGAGACACGAAAAAGAGCAAAUGGGGGCGUUGUGGAACCUGCCUGACAAGAAUUUGAGCACUCGCCAGUGUGUAUCAGUCUCGAUGAAAACCCUUUGCAUUGUAAAGCAGAACAUAUACUGUGUACUGCAGUUGUGCACUAGAGAAACAGAAACAAGUUAUGGCUCUCUGGAGUGCAUUCUUUCAUUUCCAUUUCAACACUUAGUAUGAUGUUGAUGGGAUUUUAACUCGUACGCCCAGUCCGAGGCCUAUGUCAUGUUUGGCAACGAGACGUGUAGCGAUGCGCUGUUGCACUCAUGAGUUGUUACCUGUGAGCGGUGGUCUACAUUAUAUUUUCACGUUCACAUUUUUCGACGAUA